AAUCCUGAGUCUUACCGAUCCAUGCAUCGGAAGGGAUGCUCCGACAUCUGUUGAACAUUCCUUCGCAUCAGAACUCUACGUUUUCCCCUCCCAACUGUUCUCCCGGUCCUGUACGGAAGGGGGCAGGUUUCGAUUAAGUACAGGUUUGGAAGCUUCAUUCAGCGUUUAUAAAAAGCAACAAGCUUUUAAAUUCUUCCAAUAUCGAUAAUGGCCGCCAGCGCCGAGGACGGGGAUGAAUCUGAAUUUCCACCCGUGAUAGAACUAAAUGUUGGCGGUGUUUUUUACACAACAUCCCAUGCUACUUUAACCAAAGAAUCCAAUUCCUUAUUGGCACAGCUUUUUGGAGGAACCAUUGCAUCAGGACCUUAUAGGGACUCAAAAGGCAAAUUUUUCGUUGAUAGAGACGGUGUGUUAUUCAGAUACAUUCUGGAUUAUCUACGGGACCAGAAGAUAGUUUUGCCGGAGAAUUUCCACGAGAGAAAAAGACUAAGACACGAAGCCGAGUAUUUUAAUUUGCCAGGUCUCAUAGCCAAGCUGGACUCCAUUCCGGGUGCCAAUUCCCCCUCUUCCUUUCUAGCCAGCUCAUUCCCAGUAAACUUGGGCUUACCCGGUGCCCCAACUGGUCCACAAGGUUAUAUCAUCAUCGGAUAUAGAGGUACAUUUGCUUUUGGACGAGAUGGUCUGGCUGAUGUCAAAUUUCGAAAAUUAACACGGAUUUUGGUCAGUGGUCGUGUGAAUCUCUGCCGUGAAGUUUUUGGAGAAACACUCAAUGAGAGUCGUGAUCCAGAUCGUGGUAGCGAUUGCAGGUAUUCCGCAAGAUUUUUCCUCAAACAUAACUUCCUUGAACAAGCGUUUGAUAACCUUCAGGAGGCUGGAUUCCGAUGCGUGGCUGCUGCUGGUUCGGGAACUUCAUGCGGAGGAAUCGGUGAACCAAUGAAACCAGGCAUGGACAGUGAGGAAAACAGAUGGAAUCACUACAAUGAAUUUGUUUUCACAAGACCCUGAGAAAAGCACACCGUGAAAUUAACUAUAGACUACACCAAUUCUUUUUUGUGGUCCCACAUAUUUUCCCUUUCCUAAUUGACAAUUGUGUGUAAAUAAAUAAUAUUAUCCAGUGUUCGCCAGUACGCAAUUUUUGAUGGCAUUAUCUUUGUCCAUAAUAAUGGUGUGAAAGCAAUGUUUUUCUAGAUUUUCAAGUGAAGAUCAUCUACAAGAUUCAAAGAGACUAAAAGUUAUUUGGGCUGAUGGUAUAAUUUAGUAGCUGUCUUUUAGAAAAGAAUACAAGGUAUAGUUAAAAUUUAUUCCCAAAUACUUUUUUAUUCAUUAAAUUUUAAUAUUUUUUAAUUAACUAAAAUUU